AUGGAAGAUGAUAAAGUUUUAGAGUAUGAAGAGGUUACAGAUGAUGAUCAAUAUAAAGAGAAUCAAAUUUCAGAAGAUGCUCAGGCUUCAGAAAUUACAUAUCAUCAUGUUCAAAACCCACUUUGGCAUAUUAGAAAAAG